AUGGCUAGGGCGAUUGUAGAAAGCAAAAGCAUAAAAGAAGAGCCUAGUAAUGUCAUUCCCAAUGGUUCAGAUCCUCAGAGUUACGUUAUACGGCCUGAAAUAUGCAACAGGUUUCGACCAUCCAAAGUUCGUGAUGUAAUGCAUGAAAUAUUGAAGCAAAGCUUGGCUGGUAUUAAGUAUGAGUACGAAAAGAUGCCAGAUCUAACCAAAGGUCUCUCGGAGAAGAUUCGCGAUGAAUUGCGUAACGACUCCAUAUACAAACGCUAUACUUUUCUCGUUCAAGUUAUUAUUGGUGAACAAAGGGGGCAGGGUGUUAAAGCCUCAUGUCGGUGUUUUUGGGACAGUGAUAGUGAUAACUAUGCAGAAGUUUGUUUCUUAACACCAACGUUGUUUUGCAUUGCCAUUGCUUUCGGUGUGUAUAACUAUUAA